AUGGAACAAGAUUCGAGAUCCUCCGAGUCGCGAGAACGUGCUGUCUCUUCCGAGCCUAGUUCAACCCGACCCAAUCCUUUCGACGACGGCGAUCUCGCUGCCCGUAAACGCCGGCGUACUUCUCUGACGGGCUCUCGUAGUAGAUCUGUUGAGACAUUGACAUCUCAAGACGAACGGCGUGGAGCCUCCGACUCCAUGAUGAAGCUGGACGCGCCAGAUCCCGAGCCCGCUCCGCCGAGCACCCCUCCUCAAUCUGAACCCACCAUCGCAGAGCCUCAUUCGAGCAAGGUCACGAUCAACCUGCGGAAUUUCGAUAGCCUUGAGCCUACACCCACGUCGCCCCCUUCUCCCACUCCGGCUCGCUCACAGGACGAUGAUAUCAAGGUCAGCGUCGAGGAGUCGGAAGUUGAGAUGGUUCAGGCUACCCCUCCCCAGGUGAUUCUGUCAUCUUCACCUUCGAGUGCGCCCAGCCCUGAAGUUCCGGUCAUAUCUAUUGAUGAUGACGAUGAGGAAGAGCUGGACCUUGGAGCUGGCCACCCUGCCAUUUCCAUGAUUGGAGGGGCUAGCAGCAUCGACUUGAACAGCAUCAUGCAGGACUUUCCGUACCACGCUGCAGAGGAAACAUAUUACGAUACUGUCGUACGCCUCGUGCAGUACUUCCAGCAACAACCCACAAGUCUUGACGAUGUCCUUGCUCAAAUGACGGCAUGGUUCGACAAAUACCUGUUCUGUGCCUGCGAGCCCGACAUGUGCAAGGCCGCCGUCGAGUCCGUCUUCGAGAAUAGGUCAUUCUGGCUGUCGAUGCCCGAGAUAUUCUGGCACGUAUAUCUUCGCAGAAAUACGCUCGCUAAGGCUAGAGAUACCCGCGACCUUGCUGGUCAGUUGUUCGCGCAGCUUGCCAGGCUCUCAGCUCACUUUGUCGUCCUUGACAUACUUGCACUCCAGCGCGUACUCGUAGACGAGGAUUUUAAAGAGCUGUAUCUCAUGUCCCCCACAUUUCUUAUUUGUCUCGGCAACGUUACGCGAAAGGAAGAGAGCGAGCUAUACAAUGGCUAUGCUGUGGAGACGGUCCCCGAAGUCACGGAAUUGCUUCACAUUUUCCAGAAGUUCCCAGGCGGAUCCAUGUCCAAGCUCUACCAACUGGCCGAGUUGCAGACUAGUCUCCUGAGUCGAUUCCCCAGAGCCACGAUGGAUAACCUCAUGGGCAUUUGCAAUAUCGCAGAUGGCAUUAUCCGGGAUAGCUUCCAGCGCUUGAGCUCGUCCCCGGGGUUAUCCCAUUCUUUGGAUGAUCGUUCCAGAAAGAACUUGGUAUGGGGCUUCAGACUUUUCAAGACGGCCUCGAGUGCCGUGGCCACCAUAAUGGACAAGUCCGUAAACCAUCUAUCAGGAGAUUCGGCGCAUGCCCUCAUCCGCUUCUUGACGCCCAUCUUCCUUUACAGCCUACAAGGAGAUCACGAGGAAGCGGCUAAGCUUGUUCAAGAGCAUCGGGCCAACCAUCCAGAGGCCCCUCACAGCUGCACAUACGAUGCAAUUUCGAAUGAAUGGCGGUUUGGGGUGUUGAGCAACCUGAUUCGAUCGCGCCAGAUGCAGCUCCGGGUCGUCGCUGUUGGCUGCAUGUCUAAUGAUCUUGUAGGCCUGUGGAAACGAUGCAGCAACGCUGGUGAGGAUAGUGCCCAAUCAGAAUACCUGCGCUACUUUGCGAUAUUCUUGACCAACACCGGACUUGUGGACUAUAUUCUUGGGCCCACCUGCCAUCCUGAGAUUACUCAAGAAAGUUCUAACAUCAUCGGCUUCCUGAUGGUCACCAAGACUUACGCGCCUGCGCAAACUGAUCUUUUCUGGCAAACAGUAACUUCGACGCAGGAUCCGAGAAUCGCCGAGGCUCUUACCCGCAUGCUGGCAAAGAUCCUUCACUUGAUGUACCCGGACAGCUUGGCCUACUUGUGCGAGAAGCUGCAUAGCCUGCCCAUUGAAGCCUUCACUCCGCAAAUGAGGGAGUUGUUUGAUCAACUCGUCAAGGCCCUACAUUCACGAAUGGCCCUUAGCGGCCCAGCACAUGAGUUUACCCCAUAUAGACUCUGUCUUCGGUUACUUCGAGAGUCCUCGGUCUACGGACAACAGGGCUUGAUAGCUCACCCCGACGUUCAUCAGUUUGCUAUGGCGAAGAUUAAGGAACUUCUUCAACUACCCGGCGGCAUGAGUGCGGAGAUUCGCUCAGACCUUCUCCGAAGCUGCAUAAGCGACAUCGAAGCCAAAACGACCACAACAUCGGGCAGUCUAUCCGGGUUGUACAUGAUGAUUCGUCAAUCGCUGGUGCGAGACCUCACCUCGCUGGUUACAGAAUUCGAUUUCGCCCGGCUACUGGUUGACGAGCUCGAGUCCACCAUAGCGAUUGCGCGGGGAGUCGGGUUUGUGCCUGUAUUUGCAGCCCAGAUCGGAAACGCGCGCCGUGAAUUAUUAGUCAACACCAUUGUCAACCAUGGUUCCACCAUCAACUCCGACCAAGGGAAAAGGCUCUGGGAUCUUCUUGUGGGUAACGGAGCUGCAUGCCAAGACGACAGAAAGAUGGCCUGGCAAGUUUUGAAUACAGCAGUCAAACGGUCAGACUGUGAGAAUGCGUUUCUACGCGCCUGCCUCCAGGAGUAUCUUCUAGACCUACCACCUCGGUGCUAUUGCGAGGGCGCCCUGGAGUUUGUCCGUGCAGAACUCCUGCCACUUGCAAAUGACACAAACGGCAUCUUAUUUGAAGACGGCAGUGCCGAAGCAAGAGUCAUAGAGCUUCUUUGGCAAAUGAUUCUGCGAGCCCCCGCCCAGACUAUCGAAUCCCAAGCGAUACAUACGUUGGUAAACGAUGUCUACGUGGACAGCAAGUCGAUUAUGUCAUUUCCACUGCAUCGUGCACGAAAGGUACACUUUAGCGUCGUAAAUCGAUGCUUGCAGCAGUUAGAAGCGGCGGCUCAGAAGUUGAAAGCCUACGGCGAUGAUAUAAGCAGCAGGGAUGAUGACUCGAUGGUUAUUGUCCCAUCUGAAGAGCAGCAGAGAGAACAAGAACUGAAGUUCACCAGAUCUCUUGCCGUCUUACGAGCGUUCCUACGAACCCUGCAAGGCAAGGCUCACUUUGCGGCUCCCGACCUGAGAUCUCUGAUGCUGCAGUCACCCGGGCCAGUGGAAGGCGAAUCGGCCGAACUCAAAUAUCAGUCCUUCGAUGGCGACAGCCAGACUGAAGUGAAGCCGCUGACCAUUGGCCGAAGGAACACGGCCGCCGCAUUGCUAGCGAGCCUCAGAGAGGCAACCGGAUUUGACAAUUACAGGAUAUUCUACCGUGGGGUUGCGCUUACGCCGUCCGAGGACCAAAUUUGCAAGUCUUUAGAAGAUCUGGAUAUCCACGAUGGCUUAAUCUUGGUCAAAAGAGAGAUGGUGUCAUCCCCAGUUAAGGUCAAACCGGGUGCAUCUUCGCUCGAAAUCGAGAUAUUGAGCCAUUUCAAAGAUUUGUGGGAAUAUCUGAGCAUGGAUGAAAAGCUGGCCAGAGAGAUCUACCACUUUCUCGUGAAACUUCCCGCGGACCAAUCCAUUCUAGAAGCCUUUGAGGCCAGUUCAACUUCGUAUCGAGACAUUUUCCCAUUGGGUCAGCCGUUCAAGUCACUCUACGCUAUCCACGCCCUGCGUGAAUACCUGAGCACCCGACGCCUCAAGACUCAAGUCAUGCAGGUCAGCAUUCAGGACGCCGAGAGCCAGUACAAGACUGCGCUCGAUCAGGAGGAUGCAACCCUGAAGGCUAUGUCUCUCCUCGUUGCCGCACUUUGCGACUCUGAAGUCGUUGACAGAUGCUCCCAUGAAACCUUGCAGGUCUUGCUCUGUGACCACCUCGUGGAUAACUUUGUGCAGCUGCUCAAGGAAAAUGCGAACAGCAACCCCUCUGUUGUCCCGUUUCUCACUGCAAAAUUGCACGAGCGACUUCUAGCAAUACUUGGAAUCGGAGUAGCCGCGCAAACGUCGCCGCAAAGCCUCGAACUUAUUAGUCUUUCAUUUGAAGCAAUGCUGGAAUGCUGUACCAGGAGCCUUGACUUUUGGAAUGUAUUUCGGCAAACCCCGACCGUGAAGGCUGUAGUACAGCGUCUUCUGCUCACUGACGACAGAUCGUUUGUUAGAAAAGCGGUCGCCAAACUGAUGAGCAGCAAAUGCUUUUACAAUCAUGGCCCUUCAGUAGUUCUCGCGGUUGAUUUUGCUGAGCUCUUCUGGUCCAUGAUCUCCGAGAUUAUUCCACGUGCAGCGGCAGAGUCGAGCAAGUGUGAGGAAGUCUUCAACAUGUCCUACUUGCUAAUGAAGCACCUGGCCGAGGCAAAUUCGCCGGCUCUUGAUCUGCCAAUGUGUCUCUCGCAAUAUGGGGAGCUCCUGCUCUCACACACGACCGUGGAAGAUAUAUCUCGUUCGGAUCGAAUCGAUGUCAUCUCCCACGGCCUCAUCUCGAUGUUACACCACGGCAUCAAGGUAUCUUGUGCACGGAACGAGCCACUUCGAUUUCCCCAAGGCUUUGCGCACAAACUAUUUUUCAAGCAUCUCUUUGCAGGCAAUAGUGACAAUGGACCACUCAUACCGCAAAUUCUAUUGAAUUCUCACGCCCGAAACAUGCUGUGCGAGACCAUUCUUGUUCUGGCUAAAACCACCCGCCGACAAUACAUCGAACUGCUGCAAGACGUAGAGAGCUUGACCACCCCGACGCGAGACCACCCUUACAAGUAUGAACUGCCGCAACAAUUCGACCGGACCAAAGUCGUCCGCUCACCCUGUGGUUAUUCUGGCUUGCGGAACCUCUCCAACACCUGCUACCUCAACUCUCUGUUCACACAACUCUUCAUGAAUGUUGGCUUCCGACGGUUCAUAUUGGAUACGCCAUGUCCGAAUCCAGACACACACCAGCUGCUUUAUGAGACUCGAAACCUUUUUGCAACACUCCAGGAUAGUGUCCGCAAAUUUGUGGAUCCCCAGAUGUGUGUCGCGCAGAUUAUGACCUACGAUGAAACGCCCAUCGAUAUUCACAAUCAGAUGGAUGUCGACGAGUUCUACAAUUUACUCUUUGACCGGUGGGAGGCCCAGAUGCCCACAGAUAUUGCCAAGAAGGCCUUGCGAUCUAUUUUUGGUGGUCAGCUGGUUCAACAGGUGAAGUCAAAUGAGUGUGAGCACAUCUCUGAGCGUAUGGAGCCCUUCUCCGCGAUUCAGUGCGACAUUAAAGGCAAAGCUAGCCUGGAGGAAAGUCUCCAGGCAUACGUCGAUGGGGAAAUCAUGGAAGGAGAUAACAAGUACAAGUGCGAAAGUUGUGAUCGACAUGUUGAUGCCGUCAAAAGAGCUUGCCUCAAAGACGUUCCGGACAAUCUUAUCUUUCACCUGAAGAGAUUUGAUUUCAACCUUCGGACCCUCCAACGAAACAAGAUCAACGACUACUUCCGCUUCCCAAACCAAAUUGACAUGCAACCGUACACUGUGGAGCAUCUAAGCGAUCCUUCGGGCACAGCUGAGCCCGACGUCUUUGAACUUGUCGGUGUUCUUGUCCACUCAGGAAACGCCGAGUCGGGCCACUACUACUCUUUUAUUCGAGAACGCCCCAGCACCAGCGCUGCAGAAACAUGGGUCGAGUUCAACGACGACGUGGUCAACUCUUGGGACCCUGCCCAUAUUGAGAGUGCUUGUUUCGGCGGGCCUGACUACCGCCAGUUUGACAAUUCGGGCGUGUAUGAGAAGGUCUACAGUGCAUACAUGCUGUUCUACCAAAGGUCAUCGUGUUUGGAGAACGAGCAAGAAAUGCUGAACUCAUCUGGCAGGCCGAGUCCUCUUCGAUUCAACCUCCCAUCGGAUCUACAGUACCAGGUGAAAUCUGACAACUGGGCUCUUGUUCAACGACAUGUUCUGUAUGACCCUAUUCAUAUUCCGUUUGUAUAUAAGGUUGUUUCCCAAGCCUGGGACAGCGAGCAGUGUUCGGAAAACCACCAGGUAGAGAACCUGGCCUUACAAGCGGCACUUGGUCAUCUCGAUCAAGUUGCUUCACGAUCCAAGGACACUCCAGAUUUCGAAGGGCUCUACAGACUGCUCGUCCGAGUUUGCCGGCGGUGCCCGCGAUGCUGCUUCACCCUGACGGAUUAUUUCACGACGCAUGAAGAACCACUACGUAUGCUACUGCAGAAGAACGCCGACGGAGUAAUCCGUCAAGAGAUGGGCAACAUGCUCAUUUUUGCGUUGAAGAACAUUAGGACGCACUAUCCAGAAGACUAUGGUGUUCCUGAUCCCGAUGAUGAUGCUAGUCACGACUUCAAAUUUCGGGAGCGGUGCCCUCUGACGAACAUGGCAAUUCUUUUUACGUUGCUCUGGGACACAUUCCAUACCAGUCUUCGCGCGUGGGGUGAGUACUUUGGUACGAUGACCGACUUUGCUCAGCUCGGGAGACCUGAAGCUGUCGCCCUGUUGGACCAAGACUUCCUCUACAAGACUAUCAUGGUUAUCGCUGCGGACCCAACAUUCGACCUUGAGCCUCAAUAUGCGCGCAUGCAUACAACUAUAUCAAGGCGCAUGGCUACAAGGCCCCCGAACUACGAGAAUGUGAUCGCCUUGAUAGAUACUCUCAUGGAUGUAAUGGAUCCUAAGCUGCACUUUGCCGAAUUUUCCGAUCUACGGUUGCCGCUGGCUCUUCAAGACGAGCCGGUGCCCUACAAUGCUGCAGAGGUUAAUCUUAUCCACCGAGAAUGGAAUCGAAACGCGCAAGGUAGUGUCUUCGUGGAAAAGCUGAUCCAAAUCAAUCAGAACCACGUAUCAACUGACGCGAUUCUUACUCGACUAAUGGAUUUCAGCCCCCAAAUGGACCAACGCAUUUUCCUGACGUUGCGGUUGGGCAUCACGGGAGGUCUCGUCACUCAUGCAAUCGGACCCUAUCUGCGCGCCGCUGCACACUACGUGCAUCACAGCAGUAACGCAGAACACGUCGAGCGUCUCAUCAAGCACGUGUGCAAACAAUGCAAGAACAUCCAGGGUCCAGAUGGGGCGGACUUCUUCGAGUUCAUCAAAGACACUUUCAGCUCUUCCCGACGGAUACAGGAGGACUUUGAAAAGGUGGAGAUAGAGAGCCUGGACCUCCUGCCCUCAUGGGCCCCGGGUCUUCUCGGAUACAUCGACCACGCUGUCAGUUAUGACGUGACACUGUUCUUGCGGCAACAGCUCUUCAGGGAGGGAGCCGUACCUGGCUCGGAAGAGGACGAACCGAGCCAAGAAAAGUGCCAGGCGAUCAACAACGCAGCAAGACGGCUUGCAAUCGAGUGUCUGUUGUAUCUGCAAGACACAUACGUCCGCCGCGGGGUGCAAGCACCGAAGGACACGGUGCUCCCUCUCACCCAGGUAAUCAAGAUGUGCGGCAACUUCUUCAAUACCGACGAGGGCAGAGAUGAUGGCAUGCGUGUGCAGUAUGAGGGACUCUGUCAAGCUGUGAACGAGCCCAUGACACGGCUCAUGGUGGACGAAAUUGAAGAGGACGGUUCCGACUGGGACAAUUCCAUUGGUUCAUCGGAACAGAUGGACAGUCUGGCCGAUCUGAGUAUGCAAGCCACUUGUGAUGUCAAUGACCGGGAUCUACCGUGA